UUGAAGGGAAAUUUUGUCCUCCGUUUAUGAAUGCAACAAAAAAGUGUUAUUAAAGAUGAGAGUAUUUGGAGGUAGAAAAAGCAAUUGCUGAGCUCCAGCUUAUCACGGUAUAUCAAGAAGAUAUCAAAGAAGACUCGUAUUUUCUUAGUUCAUCAAUAGUACUUGCAAUAACGAAAUAAGAAGGGCUUUUAGAUCGGCUUCUGGAUAUCUCCCAUCAGCGUAUCUCGUGGUAGUCAUAUUCAGUCCAGCUUUUGAAUUUUCUACGCAUUUCAACUGGAAUUCCUGUAACUGGCCGCGUUUGGACGGAACUUAGUAUUUUGAUGGGACUAUCUGAAGGCACAGAUUUGCCUUUCUUGGAGUUCUGCCGGUGUUUAUCAUGAUUAAUGUAAAGACUCUGAUGUAAUGCAGUCAGCAAUGGCCGCUCUUGCAGCCAGUGCUCAUUUCUGGCUUUGGUUUUGAGAAAAAUUUGAACUUCCAUCGUCUAUAAUUGUCAAAGCCCUCGAGAGGAACACAUUAUUGGGAUUACUGAAGUGUGUAUACAUCGACGAGAGGUGGUAUUUUCGGGUUAUUAUCGUAUUUUGACACUGUUAUAUGGAGACAUUGAAUUGCGUGAUUGGUGGACAGGCUUGAAAGACUAGAAAUUCAAAACUCCCACCAUUUUUGCCAGCGUUCAUAACUUCGUAUUUGCAAAAAGCCAAACUUUGAUUACCUGGAAAAUGUUUCAGCCAAUGCACUUCCGUAAAACUGCCAAAGAGCUGGGGAUGGACCCAGCAACUUACGAGAAAGAAUACAAUUAUUUUUUGGCUAAACUGAAGAAGUUCCACGAAUCCAAAGGGUCGCCGUUUCGACGUCUUCCAUGGCUUGGAGGGCAAUUUUUAGACUUGUAUCUUUUAUACAAAAAAGUCACGUCGUAUGGUGGCUGGAUAAAGGUCACAGAGGACAAAAAGUGGAGAGAUAUCGCUGAAGUAUUUAAUCUUCCUUCAACGUGUACCAAUGCAGCCUUUGCCUUGAGACAACACUAUUCGAGGUAUUUAGAGACAUAUGAAAGAAUCAAUUUCUUUGGAGAAGAUGUAGAAGAUGUUAUGUCAAGCGGCAGACCCCAUACUCCUGUCAGUGUUCUUCCUGGUAUUGGUCCUUCUGAAUACACAAGUCCAGGAACAACAGUGGAUAUUACAAGAAAUUUUGAGAAGCUAGUUCUUUCCUUGGAAUGUGGUUUACCCAAUGAGGUGGACUUUGCAAUCAAUAUUUGCAUGCUUUUGUCAAACGUGAACAAUUCUGUCUUCAAUUUAACCAAGGCACCUGCUAUAAUGGACAUGUUACUAGGUCAUGUAGGUGUUUUCAUUGAAGAUUCUCAUGGUUUGAAGGAUGUAUAUAAUGAAUGGUAUCAAAAAACUGAAAGAGACUUUGUAAAGUUUUGGAGGGAAACCCUUGAAGUUGAAGAAUUCAGAGACAUAUUGUGUGGUGGUCAAGAAAAAACUGAAGAUAGUGAAGAACAAUUAUUCAAUCCUGGGAAAACAUAUGGAGUCAAUAGUGUUGAAGCACAAAGAGUAGCACAGGUCUGUAUGAUUCUGUAUAAUUUCUCUUUUGAUGAAACCAAUGCAGAAAUCUUGGCCAGCCAUUCUUCUUGCUUAAGGUUGCUGAUGCUCUGUAUAUGUAAUCAAAUGGGAUAUCUACAAAGUUUAGCGUGGAAUACAUUGUGUAAUCUGGCAGAAAAGAUGAAGCUAGAGCCUGUAGUGUCCAAAAACACCCAGAUACUUUUCCGAAUUCUUCAUUAUUUUCUUGAAGAUAAAGAUAGAUUUAAAGUGAUUAAAGCUAUGGAUGUUCUUGGUAAGCUGUGCAUCAGAGAGGACAACGAUGAAGUGAUUGAAUCAGCACUAGAAAUACAAGGCUAUGAGUCAUUAUUAAAGAUUCUUAUUAUACCAGAUGUGCAGCUUGUGGUUGGUUCACUGGAAGCACUAUACAAUAUCUCAGGAGUAGGACAAGAAACAUCUUACCAGAUAGCUAGUGUAGAUCAUGGUGUGGAUAUUCUGGUGUGCAUGGCCACCCUUGAUGUAGAGUUCCUAGGUCCACAGGCGUUAUCAGAGGUUAUUGUAAUAGAAAACAGAUUGCCAAUGACAAGACCACGCCCUAUACAUUCCCCACCAGCUGUUGGUGGUCCUCCUUCCCCAUCACCAGCUUCUCCACAAACACCAUCCGUGUCAACAAGGAAUGAAGUAGAUGCAGAAGGAUUUACUGUCAAAUGGUUGCAAGCUACCUAUGAAGCAUUACCAUCAGGAACUGUAUCACGGAUAGACCUUUAUGCAGAUUAUUUAUCAUCUUGCAGUCGUCUGGCUAGAAUAGGGAUCCUCAAUGCCUCUGCAUUUAAUAGAAUUGUCAAGUUUGUCUUUCCAGAUGCUCAGCUGAGGCGAUUUCCAGCUGGUAACCAACUACAGUAUGCUUUGUUUGGCAUCCGUAGACGAGCAAACCCCCUGCCUGUCCAUUCGAGUGUUGAUCAACAGGUUGCACCCACCCCUCCCCCUCAAGUCAUGGCAUCCCAAGCAUCAGGUACUCCAUCAAGAGUGAUGGGUACUCCCAGUGGGGCAUUCCAUCAAGACAUAAGCAGAGCACCAACUCCACCAACCCCUGGCUGUAACUCACCCAACUGGAAUCAAGGUGUUCCUCAGAGACCUGUACCACAGGGGGUCAACGUGGCAAGGCAGACCCCACCUUCACCAUCAGGACCUUUUCCAGGCAACCUACAGAAUGGUGGCUUUAACCAAGGGACUCCAAUUCAGAAAGUUCAAAGGCGACCAAACUUACCUGGUCAGCAAGUGAUUGGUCAAGAAACAGGAUUGUCAAAUGUUCAACAACAAAAUGUUGGUCAGCAGACACAAGUGACAGCUGGACAAAUGAUGAGACCUCAAGGACCAUUUCCCAACCAACAGCAGCAAGCUGUUACUCAAAGACCAAUGUUUAAUGCACAAAAUCAAGUGCCCGUGCAGCAACCUAAUCUGCAAAAGACUAUACCAUCUAAUGCUGUUUGUCAGCAAUCUGGAAACAUGAGCCAAGUUGGUUUGCCUCAAAUACCAACAGGUCAAUGGCAACAAAAUGCUGUUGUUUCCCAGGGUACAACUUUCCAGGGUACUCCUAUUAAAGCUAUACAGCCAAAUUCAAUGACGGUGCAACAGCCAGUAAACAGCAAGCCUUCUGCACAAGUCAUGCAAUGCCAAAAUAUGCAAGGUCAAGCCAUACAAGCUCAGGUUACUCAAGUUCAAGCUAUGCAAAGCCACACAAUGCAAAGCCACACAAUGCAAGGUCAAAUGUUGCAAGGUCAAGCCAUGCAUGUUCAAACUAUGCAAGGUCAAGCCAUGCAAGGUCAGGCACAGGGCUUUCAAAGACCUAUGCAUAGUGCUACAUCAAUGCCAACUCCUAUCCAACCAAGGCCACCACAAAUGCCUGCUCAGGCCAUGACAACACAGAAUUCACAACUGGGGCUACAGGCUCAGCAACUUGUACAGCAACGACAACAAGUUGCAAGAAUGCCUUCAAACCAGAGACCCUCUUUGAAUAAUAUGAUGCAACGGCCUGGUUCCCCAGGAAUGCCUCCACGUAUUGCCCCCAGAGGGAAUAUGUUCUCUCGGCAUCAGCAGGGUUUAGUUCCCAUUAGGCCCGCUCCACCAGUAUCUGUCCAGAGCCCUUCCCCAUCAUCAUCUCAACCUGGUCCAGGACAUAAUGAAAGAUCCCAUAAUGGUCCACCUCCAUUGGGCAUUCAGAGGCCAUAUCAGUUCAGGCCACAAAGACCUAUUCAGGGACAAGAAGUGCAGAGGUUACCACAAGGUGCUCAAUUACAAGGCUUCCAACAGGUCCAAAAAGCUCAAGAUCCAAGGAACUCUUCUCAGCCCUUUAUGGGAAGGCCCAGGGCAGCACAGCCACAGAUGGGACCUAAUCAAGGAAUGGGCGGGUUUCCUGUAAGAAAUAGUGGGCCAAUAGCAAUAGCUCCUAAACCUGCUGUUGAUCAAAGUGUCUCAGCCAUGCCAACAACAUGUGAUACCCAACAGAGAUCAUCAGAUGGUAUUGUGCUGAUCGCCCGUGAAGAAAAGGCAGAGGACAUUCUGACUUCAGAUAUCUUAAAAAACUCUGAAGAACAAAGAAUCAUCGUGGUAGAAAAUACCAACAAUAUACAGAAAAAUAAAAUGAAUCAUCAAACCGCUAGCUCUAUACCAAAUUUGAACAACAUACCAGAGCAUCAAGGUACUACUAAAAGGGAUUUUAAGAGCCGGCAGUCAAACGAGAAUUUGAACUCUGAAGGUUUAGUUACACCUGAUCAAGUGGAUCAUAAUGGACACGAUUCUUGUCUUAGCGACCCAAAGAGAAUACGCCUUGAUGGAACUAACGUAACAAACAAUAUAGAAGACUCUUCCUCGUUGGAUUGUACUACGGAUGAACCCAGUGGACUUGUUAAUGGAGACGUUAGAAAUGAUUCUAGAAAUAAACUCAUGGAUAAACUACUAGGAAAAGAUCUUCAUAUGCCUCUGAAUGGUGUGUGUGAUAUCAAUUCUUCAGAUCUGGACCUGAUGGCCACGGAAGGGGAAAGGCUUAGCGGGAGCAACAGUAAGGCAUCAUCACCAGAUAUAUUCGAUAGUGAAAAUAAUUCUGAUUUUGGGAAGUACCUUGAGGAAAGCGAUACAGAUACUGGACUGUUUAGUGAUGUGAUUCUAGGUGAUUUACGUCUAGAUUCAGUAGAAACUGACCCCAAGUCAAAAACCAAUGAACAGCACAAGAACAUACCAAGUUUACCUGAUUUAGGUUACCUUGCAGUGGCUCAGGAACUACGGAACCCUAGCUCAUUACCUUCAAAACUACCUAGCAGCAUUGAUGUGCCUGUGGCUUUUAGUAAGGGUGCUCAGAACAGCUUACCGGAGAAGGUUCCUAUUACGGCAGUCUCCGCCAUAAGACCACAGCAACAGCGGGCACCUGGUCCUAAUGAAAUCGUUCUUGGUCGCUAUGGCAACCAAACAGACGGUUUCCAAGGGAGACCCCAAUUACUGAACCACGAUGGGAGGCCUAGUACUUCUUGGAAUGGGCCUGUGCGUCCUCAGUUUCCUCCUAGUUAUCAAAGUAGUGUCCAGAAUAAUAAUACACAGGCUCAAAAUAUACGCCAAACCGGCCACCAGCAGCUGAAUGCCAUAUUAGAGCACCGGACCAAAGCAUUAGUCACACCUAGAAUGCCUGUAACGGAAACCCAAGAAAUACGACAGUUUGCACCCCAGCAACAAACACCAUUGUCAAAACCCAGUGAAACACCAACUAAUGGAAUACCAGAUACCCAUCCUAUUUCAGGGUGCCCUGGGCUACCAGUGUCAACAGCUACAUCAUCGACAACUCCUAUAGAUGGAGGAACACAGAUACCCAGGACGGUCAUAGGGUCGCCGCCAGUAGAGACUGUCAAGCCUUUUAGAUGUAAAUGGGCCAACUGCACUAGUGCGUUUGAUAGCAGUAAACAACUGUUUAAUCACGUGGUCAGUGCUCAUGUCCCACGUGACAGCCUGGUGUUGACGUGUAUGUGGGAGAACUGUGUGCCAGUGCGCAGGUCAAGAUCGUCUUUACUGUUCCACCUUCAGCAAAGGCACAGUGGUCCAACGCCGGUCAACGCUCCACCUACACCUCAACCACAGGCUACACCUACACCCACGCCCACUACUCAACAUAACCCUAGUUACUUCCCUGCCUACCGUCUGUUAGCACGAAUGAUGGGUGCAUUACAGGAGGAGGAAGAGUCACCGCUUACAAAAACCAUACGACUAACAUCAGCACUCGUACUUAGAAAUAUUGCACAAUACUCCGCUGUUGCGAGAAGUCAUCUCCGUCGUCACGAGCGUCUCCUAUCAGAAGUAGCUAUGUCUAAUUCAGAGGCGGCCCAUGCAGUAGCUGCGUGUUUAUCAGAGCUAUCACCACAUAGAAAAACAACAGAAGACUCCAACAACACAUUCAUAUGGGCUUUUGAUAGAUAGAAACAUACACACACUCAUCGAUUGAUUUUAUUUUCAGCUGCGUACAUUCAAAAAGUCAGAUCGCACAUGAAAUACAAUAAGAAAGGCCAGAGGUUUAAAAAAUUCUAUUAGAAGCCGAAUAUUAUUUUCAAAUAACUUACCACGGUGCAGAAAGCGCCCUUCCCCUCCCCUCUAGGUUCCUCCUAUCGGCCUUUCUUAAAUUUCAUUUGCGACCUGGUUUUAUUAAAGGCUUUGAGGUGUUUUUAGUUAUUAAUAUAUGAAAAAGGAAAUGAUAUGAAGCGAAUAUUAGGCACGUCCUUUUGCUAACCUUGAAGUUGUUUAUUUUGUAAGCUUUUCUAAGUUUUAAUUCCCGCCCUUCAUUUAAAACUUUGCGCUUUACACUAACAGUGCAGCAGUGGAUCCACGUCGAGUUUGAAAAACAUUCCAAUCGUACUUUUUUUGGCCAAUAAACUAUGUAAUUUCGCGAGA